CGUGUACUUUUUCAACGGGCUAUUGUGGGCGUAUAUCGACGGCUAUUUUGUUUUAGCUUCAGUUGCAACAGUGUUUGGUUGUGUGUGCGCUGCACUGCGCGCGUGUGUGUGUUGGUUGGUUAGCGCUGGUUAUGCAAUGAGACGCUCCCCACGUACUGCAACGAGUGCUCCCUGGACAACGUUCAAAACGCGCUCUUAAUUUUGCCUCGUGUUCAUUUCUCAGAAUCCUUUUUAUUAUUUCGUCGCCAUCUCGUCCAGCGUUCUUACGUCGUGAGACAUUUAUAAAAGGUGUAAUUUUUUUUAUUAAAUCUAACGUUUUUUUUGUUAGAGGGGGAGGGGGGGGGCGGUGGUGGUGGUCGCAAGUAACGGUAUGCGGUGUCAUCGGUCAUUGGUUAAAAAUUAUUAUUUAUUUUAUUUUUAUUUCAGACGUGGAUAAAUUAACGGGGCAUCGUCUUGCGCUGAGCUGGGGCCUACCGGACAAGGCUUCGCAGUUCGUUAUUGUAACCUCUUGUUAAAAUUAAAGAUACUUGUACCCAGCCGUCGAUUCGUGUAAAUUGUUAUCUCGCAGUUUGACGUGUAAAUAUUGCGUAGCGUACAAAAAAAAACAAAUGCGCUCUUAAUUUUUUUUUUCAUUUUUACGCUGUUUAUAUCUACACCCGUCUUCAUUGUGUAACUACUUACUGUGUUUAAGGUUUUAUACGUAAGUACAAUGUCGAAAACGUAACAUUUUGUUUCGGUAAUUCUCAGUACAGUACGUGGUGUACAGUGUAUUAUUCAAAGCAGUAAAGUAAGCCAUUGUGCAUUGUAGAAUUUAUAGUGUUGUUAAUCGUGGAGGGGGUUGGGGGUUUGUCUUAAAAUACAUAACCUAGCAACCAUAUAACAUAAUAACGAAGCUUAUUUACAUCUUAACUAGUGUAGGGACAUACCGUUGCCUCUGUUUCUUUUUUUAAAUAUAUCUGUGGGUUUUAAACAGCAACCGCGCUUUGUACUGUAUGCGUCGUAGGGUAUAGAGAUUGUGUACAGUCGCAUAUUUAAUGCGUGUUAGAAGCUGUCGUUUUGAACGAAGCUAUAUGUAUAUAGUUGUACCAGUUUAAGAAUCGUAACUACUAACAACGGCGCGUUAUUAAUCGUCGCCCGUGGCAGUGGAGACUCGUGGUAAGAGUAGCCCUGAGUGUGACGUGUUCGCCUUGUUUUAAGUGUUGCUUGUGCAAUUAUAUUAAUGAUUAGUCCUGGGAUUUAUAUAGUUCCGAGUACCAGUAGGUUAAAGGUAAGCGUCUAUGCAAGAACAGUGUCUGGUUACUAACAUCUGCUACAAUUGUGUUGGUAAACAAAUACUAUUGACAAAUAAGAUUCUAAGUCCGACAUUUGUGCUAAGUGGGGUUGUAUUUAAAACUGUGCCGUUUCGUAAUGUAACGCAUAUUGUAUGUAUAUAAUUCAGCAGUGUAGGUUCACGGUUGUAUUAAGGCUAGUAACCACUCCCAAUGAGCUUUGUAUGUCUUAAUACAACUUGUUAAAGGUAGGUGUAAUACUCUCUAUAGGCAGAAACUAUAGAUAGUAAUUCCAUUGGUCUUUAUUUAAACGUAUUACAAGUCCAACUUCUGGCAUCAGCGGUUUGACUUUAAUGUUAAGUAGCCUGCAAUACAGUCGUGCGUAAAUUCCAAACGUCACAAGUUACACACCAUCAGGAAUCAUCGGUAGGCAACCCGCGAACAGUUACGCAACUUACGCGGUAUUCAUAAAAACCCUGUAUUCGCCAUUGACUUCCUGGAAGACGAGAAGGCGCACAGUUUCAUGCUAUUAAGAUGUGGGGCCACAACAUGUCGCUGGGGAGGGCCCUGGAGUUGGCCAGUAAGCUGGUCGUGGCCCUGUGUGCCCUGCACUUCUUCAUCAUGCUGGCGCUCUACCUGGACGUGCACACUCACACCAUGCACGCCCUGCGGCGAGCCGGCGUGGCCAACGUACCGGCCGCUGGUGCCGCUGUAUGGGCGCCAAGGAGUGGCGGUGGUCGGGAGACCCUGGCCUCGAACGGCAAGCGUGGGGGCCGCUUUCUCAGAGGGAGCUGCUGGGCCCAUGGGCCCUGGCAAGACACCUUUGGAGCCGUGUCCUGACUCGCCCAAGGGCCUCCUGGGUCCGUUAAAGGUGGAUUUCACAAAGACUCCAACUCUGGAGGAGGUGCAGAAGUCGAACCCGAAUGUGGAGCUGGGUGGCCGGUUCCGCCCCAAGGAUUGUCUGUCCAGCCAGAAGGUGGCCAUCAUCAUCCCCUUCCGGCACCGAGAUGAACACCUCAAGCACUGGCUCUACUACCUGCACCCUGUGCUUCAGCGACAACGCGUAGAGUACGGGGUCUACGUCCUUAACCAGUUUGGAGAGGGCAUGUUCAACCGAGCCAAGCUUAUGAACAUCGGCUACGUGGAGGCGCUCAAGGACGCCCCCUACGACUGUUUCAUCUUCAGCGACGUCGACCUGGUGCCCAUGGACGACCGCAACCUCUACCGCUGCUACGACAACCCCCGGCACUUCUCCGUCGCCAUGGACAAGUUCAGCUUCCGGCUGCCGUACAACUCGUACUUCGGUGGAGUGUCGGGCCUCUCCAAGGCACAGUACCUGAAGAUAAAUGGAUUUCCCAAUGAAUACUGGGGAUGGGGUGGCGAGGACGAUGACAUUUACAACAGGGUUGUUGUUCAGGGAAUGAGGCUGUCUCGACCCGACGGAAGUCUGGGACGCUACAGAAUGGUAAAGCAUGCAAGAGAUGCCAAAAAUGAGCCCAAUCCCAAGCGAUUCACGCAGAUCAAGAACACCAGACAUAACAUGGGAAGGGAUGGCAUCAACACCCUCAAGUACAGACACGUGGAGACAGUGAGGCAACCUCUCUACACCAAUGUCACCGUGGACGUUGGCAAAAUGCCAGCACGACACGUAGCUUAAAGUGUCCAGAGCUGUGGAAGUAAGAAUUUGAAGAACGGGAAUCGCAUUGCCUGCUGUUUCACGGUUCAGUCAUUACUUUGAAUGACUGGCUUGUGCUGGUGUCACAAAGGGAAGUUACAAAGUGUGGCAUCGCCGAAAGAAGAAAAGAAAAUUGGUGGAAAGAACGUUGACAAUAUUUUGGAAGUAAACACUAUUCAAGUAAAUAGCGUGUUAGGGCUGGCUUUCCAAAGUGUGAAAGGUGAGGGGAGAGUAAUGUCCCGUGGACAGUUAUGACUGAGAAUGGUGUGCAGUUGCAUUGUUGCAAGCCAUGCACGCUGUUUUGGCAAACAGGCAAAAUAUAUGGCUGAUGUUUGUUUUUUCACUCGGAUGCUUGUUGUUUUGUUAUAUUAUGUAUUGAUGUCGACGUGCUUUAUUUCGAGAUUUAAAUUUUUGAUUUCAAAAUAUAUAUGUGAAGGAAGAUCAGUUAUUUUGGGCAUAUUUUUUUUAUAUUGUGCAUGUACAUUGGCUCCAUUUUGCAUACUUUUAUCAUUCAUGCUUUCAUUCAAAAUAGUAUUUGCAGUUUGUAGACUAUUUUACAGCUUUAAUGUUUUAAUUUGUACUUAAUGACACUUUAAACAUAUUCUUUAGGUUGCUUAUUUUCAGCAACCAGGCAAUAAUUGUAAAGCUAAUAAUGUGGGUGACGUAGCCCUGCAUUACGUCAAGUUUGCUUUUGCACAGUGAAUAUAAUACAAGCGUAGAUGUCGAAUUUUUGCUCUCCGAGUAAAGCAUAUACUGUCUAUCAAUUAUAGCUAGCUCACACUUAAUGGGCCAGUGCUUGCAUUAGUACUGUUUACAGUUUUAUUGACACAUUAUAAACACGUGCCUUGUGGCUGAAACAUGACUGUGAUGUGUCAUGUCAAUCUAUUUCACCAUUAUGAUUGGCUUUUUCAUACACAUGUAACAAUCGACUAUUUAUUCACCUUAACGCUUUGAACAAAGUACAAUGCUGUGUUAUCAUUAAACCAGGUAAAGUACUGCUUUUCAUUAAACGAUGUGCAGAAAUACUCUACAAAUGUCACAUUUGCAUGUAUGUAAAAAACACAAUUGGGAUAAAUAAUUAUCAGAGAUUACACUCGUAAGCCUAAGAGUAUUAUAUUUUGAGGAUAAUUCGGAAAGUAGCAUGUGACGGGUUGCCUUUGAUUUUAUUAGUGUGUGCACUGGUCAUGUCCAAGCGCGCUAGGCCAGCUAAUGCUGCAUUUCACACUGUGUAAUCUUUAUUUCACUUCUUGGUUUUAACUAAUUAAACAACAUUAACAUUUCAUG